UCGGCGAAGAGCGUAGGGAACGGCUAGGGAAUAAAGCACGCAUCUAGGUACUACAUGGUUGCUACCUGUGAACAGCACGGUAGGUGUUCUGCGAGAGCACGAGCAAGGAACGUGGGGCUCGGGUUCUCCACUCGCGCAGGCGCACUCAGCGCUGCCGUUGUCCUUACUGGCAGCAUUGGAAGGUCGGAGUUGCGGCGAGGUUCCUGCUGCUACGCCACAGCGCAAGCAUUGCGUGAAUUCUGCCAGCUUUGCGCGCGCGCGUUUAUGUCGUUGACCGGACUUCUCAGUAAUCGACACACCUCGGCACGUCGAUUAAAGCGUUGAACUUUUACUCCAAUGCACAAAAGAAAAAAGAAAGUCGUUCCCCGUACCGUGAUUUCGGCAGGACGCUGUUGACCCGCGCGAGUUGCAGAGCCAUCGCACGUCUAUUUUGGAUCGCGAAAACAGCUGUGCGGUUGCCGCCCUUGCGGGGCUGUCCCAGCGCCGCAGGAGGAGUCAUCAGUCUGUGGACAGCGUGUCGCCGUGUUGUUGCUCGUGCGUUCGUGUACGGGGGAAUUGUGGGGAAGUAUCCGCAGAUGGGGCUUCCGACGCGCGCCGCGCCACAUCGGUAACCGCGGUUCCGACUUGACUCUUCCGCGGUGUGUGCGCAAUGUCUGUCCGUGUGUCGUGAGAAGGGUUAACGGCGGAUAGCCUUUCCGCCGAGCUGCUUGAUGCUGGACUCGACGUUGUUGCGCAAGCGCUUCUACAAGAAGCUCAACAUCCCAGGCAUGGAGAGGCACGGCCCGCCGGUUGUGACGGCGCAGGAGAGCGCCAGCGAGCGCCCUACCACCCUCGUCGGGCCCCUGGCCCGCAACUUUUGCGUCAAAUACCUCGGCUCCAUGUGUUUAGACCGGCGUUACACUGCCCCCAUGUUGCCUUGGAUUGUGGCAGAUCUACGGCGCGAAGGUCUGCGAAAACCCGUGGACGUGCUCCUCGAAGUACGCGACUCAUCUCUCAAGGCGCGGUCCUACCACGAUGAGCGACUCGUGUUCGACCAUCCGCUUCAGUCGAUAUCCAAGUUCUCCCAUUCGAACGCUGAUCGCACCUGCUUCACGUACCUGCAGAGAAACGCUCCCGACGAGCUGCCCUACUGUCACGUCUUCCAGGCUAGCGACAAGGACACGGUGGUGGAGCUGUUCAUGACAGUUCGGGAGGUGAGCAAAGAACUGUCGCUGCACCACGGUGCUGGUGCCCCGCUUGCAAGAGCAGGCAGCUGCACUGACCUAGGAGGUGCCAGUGGAGUUCACCAGUUUGAGGUUCUCUACGUAGGCAAGAUCAAGGGUUCAUCCAAGCAGAGCAUAAACAACUUUCUCGACGAUGCUGUCGAGAGAGCACGAGCACGACAGGCUGUAGAGACCAGCCUGCAGCCUGCCACCAGUGAAGGACCCAUGGUCGUGUCGAGCGCUGCAAGUGCAGAGAGUGUGAGCAGCUCGCUGGAAAACAUCGCCGAGGGUAACCAAGCGGAUGCUCGAGAAGCGCUGCUCGAGGACCUGCGCAGCUGUGGGGGUGGCAACAUUAGUGGGAGUGGAAAUAAAGCCUCUUUGCUUGCACCACCGCCUCACACACUAAUCACCCACACACAUAGCCUGGAUACCCAGUCUCGCCAGGCACUCUGUCAAGAGCUGCAGAAUGUUGCAACAAGUGCGACUCGGGGCUCGUCAGCACGGGUGCGGUCGGUAAGCGGCGACCAGCCACGGCCUACGAAGCAGACGUCACUGCCAACGUUUCGGCCGCGUGUGAGCAGUGGAGGUGCUGUGGAUCUCCGUCGACUUCUGCAGUCCGAGCGGCGCAGCAAUCGCACCAUGCUUCUGCUGGUGAUGCAGAGGGAGCUGCGACUGCUCAGCACCGAUCGCAAGCAGAUCCUAGUGAGCCGACCCUUCACUGACAUCUCGCGCUGCUACCAGGGCAUCAAGUAUGCUGACCACUUUGGGUUCAACUGCCGUGAUUCCACACUCUCCUCGACUGACAAGUACAUCGCUUACAUCUUCAAGUGCUCCUCUGUGCAAGUGGCAAACGAGAUAAUGCAGACGCUAAAGCAGGCCUUUCGCAGUGCACAUCAGAGCCAUGUGCAAAAAGAGGGUGGCUCCGCAGUGCAAUCAUUGUGCGAUUCCUGUCCAAUGCAUCGAUUCCACAAACUUUGCCUUGAUCUGGAAGGACUUUCCCCAGAGGAUUGUUGUACCACCAUCCAGAGGUACAUCCAUAACUUGUCUGACUCGGACAAGCAGAUCAUUGCCGCCAGAUACCAGUUGAAUGACUGCAGAACAGUGCAGGACAAGAAUGAGCUUUACAUGAUGCUGCUGCGGAACCUGUACGAGCAGAAACAGAAUAAGCAUGGCCACACACAGAAGUCUGAGGGACUCCUGGACCUAAAGACGCCAUCAUUCGUGUUCGAUAGCUUCAAGGAAAAGGCCAAAAAGUCCAUCACAAACUCGUUUGACACCAUUCUAAAGAGAAGAGGCAGAGAGGGGCGUGGAAGAUCGGCCACGCUUCCAUCUGAGGAAGCAUUUAAACUUACCCUCAGCGAUGCAUCGCCUACGGGAUCCCGAGAAGGCAGCUGUGACCCGACCACUCCAGUGCGGAGCUCGUCACCACAGCAGCUGCGACCACGCAGCUCUACUGUCAGCACACCAGAGACGCCCAAGCGAAGCCCACUGGUGAACAUAUUCAUGAAGGUGGGACACACACGGCGCCAUUCUUCGAGUGAUGAGGAGCCGACUGAGGCAGCUACUGAAGAAACCUCAUGCAGGCAGUCUAUCUUUCAGCGUGUGAACACGCCCGUUCGAGGCAGCAACCACAAUGGGGAAUAUUCAGGGGAGCCGCCAUCCACCCCUGGCAUUAUUGUUCGCCGGACGCGGGAGGAGCUUCGCUCUCUGUGGCGCAAGGCCAUACAGGAGCAGGUGCUGCUUAUCCGCAUGGAGAAGGAGAACAGGCAGCUUCAAGCGAGCCAGGAUGAAGUGAGCAGCAAGCGUUUGCGACUCGACUACGAGGAGGUCGGAGGUGGGCCUUGUGAUGCUGAGACGGCUGAACGCUGGGACGAGCUCCUGGCACGGCCACCGGGAGGCCGCAUCAACCCAGACACCCUUCAGGAACUAGUCCAAGCAGGUGUACCGAGACACCGACGGGGUGAGAUCUGGUUGCUUUUGGCAGAACAGUACCAGCUGCGAUCAUCACCUGUCAAUGAGAUUGAUUCCUCAACAACUUAUGAGCAGCUGCUGAACCAACUGACAACUCACCAACAUGCCAUCCUCAUCGACCUUGGACGGACAUUCCCCAGCCAUCCAUUCUACCGUGACAGCCUGGGAGCCGGCCAGCUCUCACUGUACAACCUGCUCAAAGCCUAUUCACUGCUUGACCCACAAGUUGGGUACUGCCAGGGGCUCAGCUUUGUUUCCGGCGUGCUUCUGCUGCAUAUGACUGAGGAGCAAGCUUUUAGCAUGAUGAAGCACCUGCUCUUUCACUUGGGGUUGCGACGGCAAUACAAGCAAGACAUGGGCGCGUUGCAGGUGCAGCUGUAUCAGCUGUGCCGCCUGCUGUACAGCCGACAUCGAGAGCUGUACCAGCACCUGGACCACUUUGACAUUGCCCCAGCUCUGUAUGCCGCACCCUGGUUCCUCACCCUGUUUGCUUCGCAAUUCCCACUGGGAUUUGUCUCCAGGCUUUUCGAUGCCAUCUUUCUUCAGGGAAUGGAGGCCGUGUUCAAGGCAGCCCUGUCUCUGUUGUCUUACUUUUCGGACACACUGCUGAGCUGCAACAGCUUUGAGUCCAUCAUGGAGUGCUUCAAGAAUACCCUGCCUGCACUGGAUGCUCCUAUGAUGGAGGGCAUAGUUUCUGGUAUGUUCUCCUUGGACUUGGGUCAGGAGCUGGUGUCGUACCAGGUCGAGUACCACCUCUUGCAAGAGGAGAUGGUGUAUACACCCAAGAGACCUGGAGUCUCAUCGGCCGAUCUUGAGGAGAACCGUACUUUGCGACGCCAGAACAUGGAGCUUCUAGAACAGCUCCAGGUGGCGAACAACAAUGUGAGCCGCCUCGAGGCCUCAGUGAGCUCGUACCAAGGCACAGUGCAACACUUGGAGAAGCGCAUUCGACAGCUGGAAGAUGAGCGGGAUGCGUUGCAUCACAGCAACGCAGCACUGCGCCACCGCCUAGACCGACUGGAGGCUGCGGACGAGCGAAAUGUGCGGUCUCUCAGCUUUGGAGCAUCGGGGGAAGCGCAUGACGGCAUCGCGCAGCUUGUGCGACGGCUGGGUGACCAGGGCCCUUUGCCAGAAGAUGAAGAGUGGUGUCCACCACGCGCUGACGGCUGUGACGGCCUCUGAGUGGCCCAGUUAUUGAGACACUACCGAUGCUUCGGACUGCAUGUGAAGAGGUUAGACCAUUCGUGGGGUAUUAAUGUAUGUAGCUUGUUGCUUUACGAUCUAAAAUAUGACAAAGGACCCAGAGAGGCAAGCUUUUCAUCAUCUUCCUUUGUGCAAAAGACUACUCUUGCAGUUGUUCUGCAUUAGCUUUAGCUGCAACGUUGAUGUAUGAAAAGUUUCAAAGCAUUAUUAGCAUGAUAGUUUGGGUGAGUAGGGAAGUAACUUGUACUAAAUUAUCACGACCAGGCUAAGAAUUGAAAAAGCUUGCAUCGCAUACUUUCUUUUCUUAUUUUUAGCCCAUUUGUGUUGCUUUUGUGUAGUCGUCAUCAUUAGUGCAAGACUUCUCUAGUGAUUGGUAUGCAAAAAGGGCCACUGCACGAUCUCACUUGUAAACAUAAACCAGGCAUUAAGGCAGAAGGGUUCAAAAGAAUGUGCUGUUUGCCUGCAUAUUUUGGUUGUGUUUUAGGUCACAGUAAUGUUGACUUCUGAUAGGCAGUCAUAUGGUCGUGUAUAUUGAUUAUGACUGGAAACACAACUUAGAUUGUGUUAUCAAAUUUUAUAUUUUUACAUGACAGAAUCUUUUUACCGUUGUUAUCGAAGUUAUAGUGCAGUUACAGUUGCUGCAUUACAGCCUGAUUUUUUUUCCUAGGCUCCCACAAGCUGUGAAAAAUAGCGAAAUAAGGCUUAAUCAUUGUUAUGGUAAAAUAUCUCAAUAUUUCUUGUGGCUGUACAUUGACUAUCAUCAAGCAGAAAUUUAGUGAGAAUUUCAGAAAAAUGGUACAAGCAGUUUGUGCUAAAUGGACAGUUACUUGCGGCUGGCUUUUCGCAAAAGGGAAGCCACAAUAUAAUUUGUAAGUGGUAUCGGUGACAUGGAAGCUGACCACUGUUAUACCUAAAGGUAUACAAGCUUAAGGUACAUUUAUUUUCAAAUCACCCUUAGGAACUGCCUGCUUCACCACUGUACUUCAUUAGUGUGCAGAUUGAGCCGGGUAAGGUAUGCUGUACCUCACUAUGUCUUCUUGAAAGCUAUUGGUGGAGCGGGACAGCCGUGGCUGUGUCUGGUUGACUGCCAAAGACCGCGUAGGUGCUGUCGAUACGAGCAUGUAAACCAGAAACAUUCAGUUGCUGUAUCACAGUAGAGGCAACAAAUGUGACAUGCCAAAAUAACGUAGUUUGGUUGUUGAGUGACUACAGGGCCCAAGUUUAAUCUGCAGAAUUGCUUUAGUACAACAGUGGUGCAGCAGUUAAUUGGAGAGGCAUAUACUAGUGUAAGUUAUAAUUUAUCAGUCUAAGUGGCAAUUCAUUGAAGGCUUAUGUUAAGUGUGUUUGUAAUAAGGUCUAGAAUGUGUUUUUGCUUUUAAGGAAAGAAUGAAGGGAGAAGUGUGCUUCGCUCUAGUUUGGUUGGUUUUGCAGGGGGCUAAACAGCAAUGAUAGCCUCCUGAAAUACUUCCCGGCAGUGCCAGAAACCUGUGGUCACUUCGGUAUGACACCCAUUGCCAGGACGUUUCUUAGUCAACAGCUGCGAGAGGGCACUCUAGUUUAUGUGAUGCCCAUUUAGAUUAUGCUUCCUUUGGUCUUUGUAGAGGUCAUAAUUCCCAGUUCUGUUGUUAGGAUGACGGCUCACAAUACCAGAAAUUGAGGAAACCUAUUGGCUUAUGUGCCAUGUGUGUUUUUGUCUAGGCAGCUGUUUUAACAUUUUAGAUGAGCCAGCAGGAAAGGGUGGCUGUGCUGUGCUGUCCCAAUAGAAGAUAUGUCUCGCAGUCUUGUACAUUUAAUAUUAUGUAUCCCUUUGUUGUUGUUUUUGGGGAGGGGGGAUGUUUCGUCGCACCCUCUGGUGCUAGUCACUGUUGAAAAAGGGGGCUUAACAUGUUGUCUUCCUAUCCUGCUACCAAACUUGCACUUUCUUAAUCAUGUGUCUUUGGUGUAGCUGUUGUGUUAUGAUGGACUUAGAGACACACAUAUUCAAAAAAAAGAGGGGGGGGGGGAAUAAUACCUUGUAUCAAAAUCAUUGCACUUUGCAUACUCUGCGCCAUUUUUUUUAGACCUGACAUUUAGCUUUAUCUCUUGCUUGACACCUGUAUCAGUUACCCUGAAAGACUUAACAUUCCGCAUUGGCUAAAGCUGCGCUAAAACAUAGCAGGAAAGCAGUAUAAAAUUAUGAGGGAAGAAGCAUAUCAGCUAUAUGUCCCCUUUCCUUUUAAUAAUUUAAUUAAGCAAGCUUCAAUGAUAUCAAUACACACAAUAACACAGCUUAGGCUAUGCUCUGUUGAAUUUUUUGUGUAAUAGUGUUCAUUCAAACCUGCAGCGCCGAGCAGCUGUCAUGGAAAAUGUUCAGUAUUCUUAGCCGCCUGUCUCAGGUUGACUUUGUGAAUUGCUGUUUUUCAUUGCUGGUCUGGAUCAAGUGGGCUAAGAAUUUCCUUUUGUUGUUCUUUUUUAGAAAAAAAAUGUUUUUUUAUUCUUCAGCAAAAUUUAUUUUGGGUAUAUUGGAAUGAACAUACACUAAUCAUGUAUGCAUGUGACAACCUGGAUAGGCUCAGCAAUAGUACUGCAUCAUCAGGGUGGUUCAUGUGGACUUGACCUCUGAUCAUCUAUCAAUGUUUAUCAACAAGGGAGCCACUUAGAUUUCAGAAAGGAAAAACAGGCACGUUUCACAUUUGUAUCAUAAAGAAGAAUCAUUACGUGCAGCAUAUUUGAAUGGCUGCUUCUGUUAUAUAUAUAUAUCUUAAUGUAGUGCACGUUCUUUGUCCAGUCUUGCUGCAUAUUUUCAAAGUGUGGCAAGCUGGCACGCAGGUAGCUAGCUAGUAGUGAUAAAGCUUGUGUGCAGAGUGCAUCUUUGCUUGCUUUAAAAGGCUUGUUUUUAGUGCUGCAGAGAAGUGUCACAAUUGACGCUCUUCAUUUGGGACUUCGCGUGCAAGGCCUGACCUAGAGUAGGGUGUGCACUGUGCCUACGGCACAGGCGUCCUGCUCGGAGUGGUGCCUUAGUUUUGCCAGUUAGCAAAAUGCAAGGGCAGUGCCGGGCAGUUCCCAUCACUUUGCAUUCAGCUAUGGUCUAGCCAGGGUUUACAGCCGGCGGAAGCGGAAUCUCGGUUCUUGUAUAUGUGGUGCUUUUGAGGCUGUCAAGUGUUGUCUUUGUUGUUGCUGUUGAUACAUGCUAUCAGUUUCUGGUUACAAAAAAAAGUCAAGUUCAUCAUUGUAGUAAAAAAAAUAAAAAAAUACAAAGAACUG